CGUCGGUCAGGUCAAUGAUCUCGGCGGCGCGGACCUGCAUCGCCGUCGGCUGCUCUUCUGGUGACGUCGGUAUCACCUGUCCACAAUGGGUCCUAUUUUGACAGUAGGCUACGGUGACAAAGUGUUGCUUAAUAUGCUUGAAGCUGCAAAGAAGGUUCCAACCACAGAGAAACUCGCCUCCAAAUUGCAGAAUGAGCAGAUUCAGGGUUGGCUAAGCAGUAAGAAAACACCCUCGGAUGUUUUUAAGUUGUUCGAUCUUGAUAAGAACGAGGAAGCUGUUUUCAGCAGCCCAUUCUUCAAGAGCUGGCUCAGCUAUUUCAGCGACUUCAACGGCGCCAAUCCCAGCAUGAAGGAGAGCUUACAUUAUUCGUUUCACAGAUAUUACCAAGAUUUAGACUUGGCAUGGAUAGUCGUAGGCGAGAGUGUGAUGAAGAACCCGAGGACUGUACAACUCGCCAAACAAUUGCAGGCCGAACGACUCGACUAUAGGCUUCGCACAGGGACUUCUCCUAGUGACGCUUUCUAUCACUUUAAAUUGAACAAACCUGGAGCAGAUGAUGUUCUCCGUCUUGGGAAACAUCCCGAUGGUACCUUCUAUCUCUUGCAUCUUGACAAGGUUGCGGAUGAUCUUCUGUCGAGUCCGGAUUUCAAGCUGUGGAAAAAUUUCCUGAAAGCAUUCAAUACAAAGAACUUCGAUAAGCAAGAGACGAUGGCUUCAGUUCUCCGAGUCUACUACACCGACGACGCUCUGGAGAAUAUGCUUGUUGCGGCACGGAAGAAUCCCAGAACGCAGGAAAUAGCAUUGGGCUUGGAAAAAGAGUUGCGCAAGAUGUGAGUUCGCGAAAACGAUUUCUCAGUGGAAAUCAUGUUGUUUUGCUGUAUUUGGCAGAAUUUGGUGUACUCAUGCAUGAUUCUUUCGAAAUAAUUAUUCUAGUGUACACGGUACAUACGUGUGAUCCAAUAUGUUGUUCUUAAGGCUAACACGAACAUU